GGAUGGAGUGGCGAGGGAGGGGAGGGAGGGAGCCAGGGUGUCUGCGUGUCAGCUGCCACAACAACAACACCACCACCUUCCUCCUUGGCCAACUCCUGCAGAUGAAGGCCCCAACACCUGCCUGAGACAGGUAGCCACCACUAUGAGCUGGUUUGAUACUGCCGGCUUCACUUCCUUGGCAAGAUCAGCUCUAAAGGAAGCUCAGCGGACUAUUGAUAAGGCUCUUGACAUAGAGGAAAGUGAUGAAAGCCCAGUUCCCUCUAAAACUCCGUAUUUUGCAACUAUACCAACUCCGAAAGGACUACCAGAGAAGCUGAAAGAUGAGUCUGAGAAUUUUUUUGCAUCAUUUGGAAUAGAAAAGGCAAAGUCACCGGUCACUCCUGCAAAUUCCCCAAUAGAUCCAUCUCCAGGAACGACUCCAAAACCAAAAGUUCCAGAUGAGGAAAAGUCCAGCAGUACGACUAUCAUGCCUGGCAGUUUAUGGGGCUCAUUUACUGGAUCUUUCUUUGAGAAUCCUCCUGCUGCCAGAAAGAAAGAAGUUUGUGAAGCAACAAGUGGAUCAGAAAAGAGCAUAGUGGCUACACAGCCUCCUCGCAAUAGCACAAGUUUACCAACCCUACAACUAACAACCAGUCCUGUAUCUACCCAGCCUCGCACAUCUAGUUUGGAAGAUCAUGAAAGCAGUAAAGAGGUUCAGUUGAAUGACAAAAGUAACGAGGGCCAGCAGGUUGCAGACGCGACUAGCAAUGAUGAUGGAGCUGUCAACGAGUGGGGUUGGGGCUGGGAGAGCAGCAUUAUGGUCAUGUCUGGAGACCAUCAACACCUAGAAGGAGAGUUUGGAACAAUACAUGGUGAACUAGAGGCUCGUGAAGACAGUUUAGCCGACGAUGCUAUUGACAUAGAAGGUUUUGCUAAAAGUCGACUUGUGGUGGGGAGCGUUGACAGUGACACCGGAGGGUUUGUACGACAGGAGAGCCAAGGUUCUCUUUCUGGACGCUCGGUUGAUCUGGAUGUUCCAUCUGCCAUAUCUGAAGAUGUGUUUUUGGGAGAGGAAGAGGACGAGACUGAUCAUAUGACUGAAAAAAUAAGUGAAAGUGUAGAAGAAGAAAGGUUCCAAAGCUGUAGUAGUGUGAGUAGUAAGAGUGACGGCUAUGAAAGAAGAACUAUGGUGUCGUGCACUAACUCUGAAAGUAAUACACCAGACAGUAUAGUGGUGCUUACCUCUGACAGCAGCUCACCUGAUGGAGAGGUGUCAGGCACUUUUUCUGAAGCAACCAGAACCAAAUUAACUGUAAAUUUUGUCUAUGGAAAAGUUACCAGUCCCAUUAGUUCUCCUGAAUCAAUUGAAGUCCUUGGUUCAUCCAGUCUAGUUACUUCACCCUCCUCCAUAGAGGUGCUAAGCGGUCCCUCGUCCAGUGACUCAACUCCUACACAUCAAGACUCGUGUAAUGAUACGCUCAUACUAGACCUAAGUCCUCCACAAAAUGUUGUGAGCACACAACCCACAUUACAGCUAUUGGUGAACACUAACAUGAAAUCAGACCUCCAUCCAUCUUUAGGUCAACAUGUUCCACCCCAAGAAAGUGUAGUAGGUGAUCCUUGUGUAGAAAAUUAUGAUUCAGAAACAAGAUCUUUAGAAUCGACUGUAAUAAAACAGCCAACACCUUGGGACAAAAGCUUGGCCUCCACUCACAAACCUACAACUGAGUUUACUUGUAGUAUAAGAGACGGUGAUUCCAGUUCACUGGCGAGUAGUGGCUUAGCGGAAGAUACUUCAGUCAGUGAAAGUUUGCACAGUACCUCAACCUCCAGCAUGCAAACUGUGUUGGAUGCCAGUAUAAUCACUCAGGAGCACUCUCUCGGUAGUCCGUCACCUUCAGUGGCACUUGAACUUAUCACACAGUCUUCAGCAUCAGAGAGCUCUGCAACAUCUGCUGAUAAUACCCAGUCAGAAGAGAAUGAUGCAUUAUUAGAGGACAGAAGAGUUGUUACUCACACUGGUGUUGUAUGUGCAGAUGGAGCUCCUGGAGAGGAAGUAGAGGGUGCCGCACCGGCCAUAUCAUUAGAUAUUUCCGUGGAAAGUGGAGGUAGUUCGGACACUAUCACAGCUUCAGUGGAUUCUACUCAGAUGGUUUGGAGUGUUACACGUGUGGGUGAGCAGGAGCAUCAAGGAAGCAAUGAGAAUGUUGAUGACACUAUGAGUAAUUCAGGAGGAGCAGUUGUGCGUUGUCUGCUGGAGGAGGCAAUAGGAGAUGAGGAAGCUGCUAGCGGAGCAUCUCCUCCACCAGAGAGAGAGCACUCCCCCUCAUCUUCAGAACGGUCUGAGGCUCUUAAGGUUGGUUCCGGUCAUACGUCUGGUCACAGCUCAGGAGAUGAAGUUGAGACCACUACAUCCUCAGACAUUGAAGUUAUAUCCAGUCCUAGCCUAGAUGGCAGCACUGUGGCACGCGGAUCUGGCACUGCUUCUCGCAUUUGGGUAACUGCUCAGCGUGGGUUGCGUUCUGUGCUCAACGACCGAUCAGAGUCGCCUGCCUCAGAUUCUUCCAGCAAUAACAAGAAGAUCAGUAAUGAGAAAGUGGAAACUGUUCCCUCAUCCAUGACCACAAGCUUCACCAGUAUCAGCGAAUCAGAAGGAGACAUGUAUAAUCCUCUGGGCCAAGGCAGCCUCACCCUCGAUCCUGUCCACAUCUCCCAAGUCCUCAUCCAGCCUCAUUUUGAAAAAGGUCAUCGCCGUAACCAGUCCAAUUUCUCGGAGACCAGCGAGAGCUCAUCUGACAAUCACUCGUCAGAAGUGGACAAGCUGCUUAAGAAAUUAUCUCAAAUAACAGAAGUACUGGAAUCACGAGAAACCAAGGUGAUGGAGCUGAGUCAAGUAAAUGCAGCCUUGCAGGACAUGAACCUACGUCUCAAGGCUAACAUUGAAGAGCUGGAGGGUGGGAGUGGCAUGGAAGCAACGGAGUCGUUAAGGGAAGAGUUCACACAGCGUCUUGUUACAAUGGAGAGAAAAUUCCAGCAAGCAUUACGAGAGAAAGAAGCCAUAAAAAAACAACUUGAGGAAGUGCGGGCUGAGGCAGCAACAAGGCUGAGCUCAGCAGAAGUGGAGAGGGACAGAGAAGAGCGAGACACUGUCAUACGGGAAUUGAGGAAUGAAGGAGAAAAACUUAGUAAGCAGCAACUAAAUUACUCCAAUAUUAUAAAAAAACUCCGAAGCAAAGAAAAGGAAAAUGAAACGACUUUGAAGACUCAAAAAGACAAGCUUGAGGAGCAAUCUCGUGAACUAGAACGUCUAAGAAAACAACUAUCUGCUAAGGAAGAAAUGGAACGUCGCCAGAUUGAUGCUGUCUGCCAACUUAACAUAACUAACCAACGUUUAGAACAGAUGGUUAAAGAUACGAAUGCAGAAAAUGCUGAAUUAGAAGGAAAAAUGAGCGCACUUAAGAAUGCCUUGGAUACUGCAUACAGGGAGAUGACGGAGCUACAGAGAACAGCAGCAACGAAGGAUGCAGAAGCUCAGGAACAAGCAUUGAGUGCAGAGGUGGGAGCACGCAAACAACUGGAGAUAACGUUAGCAGAAGCUCAAACACAAGCGCAUAGGGAGCAAGAGGCCCUUAUGGCACAGCUGCUUGAACUUCAAGAUGCACUUAGCAGAACUGAGACUCAAGCCAAUAGGAAAGAACGCCAGCUUCGCUCAGAUAUUAGUGAACUACAGCAGAGAGUGUCUGAAGCCGAAACACGGGCAGAGGAACUCUCUGGGGCAGUAAGUGCUGCCACGAGACCUCUUCUGCGUCAGAUGGAAAACUUGCAGAGCACUCAUACCUCCCAACAGGCUUCAUGGGAAGCUCUCGAGUCUACUCUCACUCGUCGCUUAAAUGAUGCACAAAUAGCCGUAGCAACAAGCAGCGAAAAAGAGAGAAGUGCACGAGAGCAGUAUUCUGAACUGGCGGCAAAUACAUCGAUGCUGCAGACGCAGAUGGCCAACUUACAAGCGGUAAACAGCAAGUUGUCAUCCCAGCUUGACAUAACAACAGCAAAGUUGGAAUCAUUGUCAACCUCUCGUGCUAAAGAAGCUACACAAAUUGAAGCUCUGAAAGCAUCCUUUGCCGAAGAGAUUGCAGAAGUCAAGAGAGAACGGGAUAGUUUAGAGCAACAGUUGGAGAUAGAGAAGACUGCGGUUGCUGCAGAGAAGAAGAAAACGCUUGCUCUUCAAGAUCAAUUAAAAGAUCGAGAGAGGAAACUUUUGCAACUAGCAAGCGAUGGGCCGGAGAGUCAUAACAGCACUCCACGAUCCUCGCCCACCCCAUCUUUGUCAAGAUUGUCGGUUUCGGGGUCACUGUCUGAAUCCUUCACUGGUUCACAAUGGGGGGAUGAAGUGUUUGAGUCGGGCUGGACCCGGGCAACAUCACUGUACGACUCCAUGCGUGGCAACACCACAGCUACUGUAGAAGCUCUAACAUCCCAGCUUCGGCAGAGAGAAGGAGAGAUUCAUCAUCUACAAAGUGAAGUUACAAGAUAUGAAGCCCAGAGAGAGACGUUGGCACAGGAAUUAGUAUCUGUGACCAAUCAGAUUGAAGCCUUUCAAGUUCAGCUAGAGAGUUAUCAAACACUCCAAGACCAGUAUGCAGAUAUGGAACAAAAGUACAAUGCUCUGCUCCAGAUGCAUGGAGAGAAAGUGGAGGAGGUUGAGGAGCUGCGGCUGGAUUUGGUAGACGUAAAGGAAAUGUACAAAGCUCAGAUUGACCAGCUCCUACAGAAAUGAUGUUAAAUAUUCAUCAAGACAUUAGAUGUAAAAACAUAAAAACUACUUAAGUGAAACAUUUAGUUUCUUGUACUUUUCUAAUUUAUCACAAAAUAUUUUUGUGAUACAGUAUACAUAUCCUGUUAGGUUGUGUACCUGCAAGUAGAUCACAUGGUGAGAUUAACUGAAGAGAAAACAGUGAAUAUUUUACUUUCCGUUGCAGACAUCAUGUAGCAUUUGCUAAUAUGCAGGUGGAACUUGUCACUUUCUAAUGUUCUAACAAUACACUUCUACGGAGUGGUGUGCCAUAGACGUUAUAGGGCGAGGGCUUCAUUCUGUUUUUCUUCUAUAGCCUGCCUAUUGAGAGAGAGUUGAUAUGUAUAUACUGUAAUGUAUGAUAAUUAGUUGUGCACAGUCUAAUUGUAUAUUUUAUUAAUAUGUAUAAAUAUUGGGAUAUUUAUUUGUUAAUGAGCUGCAUUCACCAAAUUUUAUAUAAAGUUUGUUUACUAAUUGUAUAUAAGCUGGCAAUCAUUCACAUCAACAUGUUGCUACAUAGACA